AUGAAUUACUACUUAGUUUCAAUUUUUACGUUUUUUGGUUAUAUUUUGUAUAAAUGUUAUAUUUAUCCUUUAUAUUUGUCACCAUUACGUAAAAUUCCAGGUCCACCGGGCAACAAUUUCAUUUUUGGACACCUUAUCUCUCUUUUUAAAGAUAAGCAAGGUGAAGCUUUUAUUCUCCUAGCAAAGCAAUAUGGUGGAAUAAUUCGGUUUCAUACCUUAUUGAAUAAACCUUAUAUAUCGAUUACUGAUCCAAAACUCGUUCAACAAGUAUUAAUAAAUCGUCCAUACGAAUUUCCAAAAUUUUUUAUAAGUAAAUCUAUGGUAAAAGAUCUUGUUGGCAAGGAUGAUUAUUUCGACUUUCUAAAUUUUAAGGAAAUGCUUCCAACAUUCAUUCAAGCUGGUCAUAAAUUGAAAGAUGCCUGGUUGAAACAAAUUGGUAAUAAGAAAGAGGAAAGAAUUACGAUUACUGCGUUAAUUCCAAAGAUAACAUUAGAUGUUAUUGGCCUUGUUGGAUUUAAUUAUGAAUUCAAUUCUAUUACUUCAGACUCUGAAUUAGCUCAAGCAUAUCAUUCAAUAACUAAUAAAACGCCUUCGUUUUUAUAUAUGGAGCUUUCAAACAUUUUUCCGUUCAUCAAAAAAAUUCCAACCUCUUAUAACAACCAAUACUGGGAUUCUAUUAAAACUAUCAAUAAUGUUUCUGAGAAACUAAUUGCUGAACAAAAAAAUGCUACUGUUCGAGGAAAAGACUUAUUGUCUUUAUUAAUAAAAAUAAAUGAAAACUUGUCUGUUAAUGAACAGUUAACACAUAAUGAAUUACGUAGUCUGGUUAUGACAUUACUUUUAGCUGGGCAUGAAACAACUAGUAGUGUGCUAUCUUGGGCGCUAUACUAUCUCGCAAAAAAUCCUGAUAUUCAGGAUCAUCUUCGUAAAGAAGUACUUGAUAAAUUUCCUGAUCGUAAUCAUUUUCCAACUUUUGAGGAAAUUGAUCAUUUGAAAUAUUUGGAAUGUGUCUUUAAAGAAUCUUUAAGGAUUAGUCCACCUGAUGAAAUUAUGAAUGGUUACGGAACUCAAUUUAUUAUUCCUAUCUACGCAAUCCAUCAUGAUCCUUCAAUUUGGGGUGACGAUGCUGAAUUUUUUAACCCAUCUCGAUGGCUUGAUCCAGAAAUAAAAUCAAAAAUUUCAAAUAAUAAUUUCUUACCUUUCGGUGCUGGUGCAAGAAAUUGUUUAGGAAUGAAAAUGGCUCAGUUAGAAUUUAAAUGCGUUAUACCUAUAAUUAUUAGGAACUUUGAAUUUAGAUUAGUUGAAGGAUUUACGUUUAAAAAGUCGACAAAUGGUUUUUGUAAACCAAUUCCUGGAAUUGAUUUAUUUGUUUCAAAAGAACAAAGUGCAACGAAGAAUAUACCAGGAACGGUGUACAACAAAGAGAUUUUAAUGGAAAAUGGUGUGAUGUGUUCAAUUCUCAGCAUGACUUUGCCUUUUAUAUUUGCAAAUUUGUCUGCAAAUGUUUGA